AUGUUCCUGCUCACCCAAGGCCCCAAUCUCAAGGCCAUCCUAACUUCCUCGUUUGCCCUCAUGCUCCCCCCACACGGCAAUCUCCCCUUCUCUUCACCCAUCCAUAUACCCACCAUCGUACAGCAGACCCUUGUCACCUCACAGCUCGUUUAUUAUUCUGCUGAGAAGAUCCAGGAAGAGAUUGACAGCAUGGUGGGUCAAGAACGGCCUCCCUGCCUGGAAGACAGAGAGCGUCUACCCUACACGAAUGCCGUCAUCCAUGAGAUCCAACGCUUCAUCAGUGUGUUGCCCAUGAGUCUGCCCCACAUUCUCACCCAGGACACCCACUUUCGUGGCCACUUCCUCCCCAAGGGCACCAACAUUAUUCCAUUACUGAUAUCAGCACAUCAGGACCCAACCCAGUUCAAGGACCCGGAAAACUUCAACCCAAACAACUUCCUGGAUGACAAGGGAGCCUUCCAAAACAAUGAAGCCUUCAUGCCCUUUGCUCUAGGUUGGAACAGGGAUUGGAAUGGGUGAUGGUGGCAAUAUGGUGGGGGUGGCGGGCAAGGACUGGAAAAAAAAAAACAAAGAACUAGAUAAAGCACAAAAGCAUCACUAGGGAAACGGAGUCACAUAAUCAUCUAAAUAAUGUGACCUCUAUGAACCGCAGUUUCCUCCGCUAUAAAAGAAAGAUGACAUUUGUAUCAGCUCACAGGAAGGUUUUGAGAAAACACUUUCAAAGUGUUUUAUAAAUGUGAGUGUUGUUAUUAUCAAAGGGGGGAAAGGGUUCAA